GCAGUGAGCCGCACGGAAAACCUUAGGAAUCGGCACCGUUCGUCGAAGUAGCGAUGCUUUUCCACAUAGCGCUGGCCGCUGCCGUUUGUCUGAUUACGAGGACUCCGGCCAACAGCCAUGCGUACGCAUCGACGCCGACUGAACAACUCCCCGAUAUAUGCGAAUCUUUUGGUAACACGUUUUGCAAUGUACCAUGCAAAGUGUCACCUGGCGCACGCGACAUGUUUUUCUGCGAAUGCCCCAAGAACACGACGUACUUCGACGCUGCAGAAAGAGGUUGCCUGCCCAAGACAUCUUGCAAGACCACAGAGUGUGUUGUCGGCCAUUGUACACAAAUAGAUCCCAGAACCGUCACCUGCUCCUGCGACCACGUCUCGAAUCUUACCGAAAAAUGCGAAGUGGAACCGAGCUUUCGUGCCGAUUGUGAAAGGAAAGGAGGUCGUGCCAAAGUGCCCGACAAUUGGGGACAGGGACCCAUAUGCGACUGCGGAGACUGGUCAGCAAUGGACGAAAAAACAGGGAAAUGCGUUCCCACUACUUGUUUGUACCCCGGAAUCAGCUGCUUGCAUCUCUGCAAUAAAGACUUGCUCGGCAAAGACUCCCGUUGCUGCCAAGGCUGGGACCAAAAAGACUGCUCAAAGCUGCCACUAGAAGGCACGUACUGUUCUCCUGGUAGCAUUUGGAACGAGGAUGAAGGAUGCAUUGAUGCGUGUACGGCGCACGAAGCAAGGCUCCUCUGUCCGCACGGCUGCAGGAGAACCGAGGAUGCUCUGAAACCUUACGAGUGCAACUGCAAAGAGGGAAGCGCUUUAUCCGACGAUGGAGUCACGUGCACAGAAAUAUCCAAAGUUCGCUCUUGCAGCAACGUUGAAAAGCAGUCGUGCCGAUCAGACCAGUCCUGUUCCGUGAAAGGCACAGAGGUCGUUUGCAAAUGCGCGGAAAAUGAACAGCUCGUCGACGGAAUCUGCUCAAACAAGUGCAUUGCUGCUGACUGUCACGAGAGGUUCAUGGAUUGCUCAGUGGCCCACGGUAAAGAAGGCUGCUCCUGCCCAUGGAAACACCGGAUGACUGAUGUAUAUGGAGAGUCGUGCACGCUACGUCAGUAUUACUACACCGUCUCCUUCAAGCUCAACGCCUCCCUUGAAUCUCAGAACUGCAGCGUGUACGCUCCACGUGUAAAAGCUGCGAUGAGGACUGCUCUCGGUUAUCAGGUUCACGCGGUGGUGGUCGCCAAUUGCACCGAUCACAUCAAGGCACGACUCAUACUCAACGAUCCACUGCCUAAGCCUCUGCAGAAGAAGCUUCAAGCGUGCGAGUACCCGAUUGGAGAUGUUUGCAUGCUCUAUCCCAGACUUCCAAUUUUGAAAGGCUCAGCAACAGAAAUCGAGGAAGAGAACCUGUGUGAAAGUUUGCUCAAACACCAAGAGGACGCCUACAACGGUAUCAAUGAGUGCGUCAAAGCUGGGGACUUCUUUUGGUUCAAGUGCAAGCAGGGCUACAGGGAGGUGAAAACGAAAACAGUGGGUCGCCUGCGGCGCUCCGUUUGUGAAGUUGAUCCAGAGGCUCCGACACCCGCACCAGAUCCCUGUCUCGGUAUUGGAGCUGAAUUCUGUGGAGAUGUGCCCUGCGUAUCGAAUAGCGACAACUCGGGUUUCACCUGCAAAUGCGGCCCUGAUUUCUUCUUUAACGCGACCGAGAAGCGGUGCUACAACAUGAAGUCGUGCAAAGUGCACAAGUGCGAGCGAGGACUGUGUGAGGACUGGAACGGCACGUUUCCAGCGAGCUGCCAAUGCAACAACUAUCCCGACUUGACACCAACUUGCAGAGUAAAGGAAGAAAUUCGGACAAUAUGCACACAACAAGGAAAGGUGGCGAGGAUAAACCCAGACAACAGUGUCAGUUGCGAGUGCCCGCCGCACACCAAGCUCAUUGGCGGCUCCUGCAAACCCAUCGGGUGCCUGAACACUACCUUAACCUGCAAAGAUCUGUGUUUGCUGAAGGACUCACACAGGGACCUCCGUUGUUGCCAAAACUGGGACCCUGACCACUGUGACCGAACACCUCCCGAUGGGUCCUACUGUCCACCUGGGUACAUCGCCAGCCGGAAUGGUCAGGAAUGCACCCACGUAUGCAAAACAAUGCAUGCUAAAGAUCAGUGCGAGCACGGAUGUACGCCGCUGGUGGAAGGCGAAGCUGACUACAGUUGCAACUGCAGCCCCACACAGCAGCCUGCAGACAGCGGCAUCUCCUGUGUCGAGAGGACAAAAUGUCACGAAGAGGAUAUUAUCAAGUGCGAAAAUGAGUACAAAACAUGCUUCUACGAAAACGGAAAGGCCGUCUGUCGUUGUCCAGGAACCACUCUAGACAUUAAUGGCACUUGCAUUGAAUCUUGCACACCGACCAAACAAAAGGAGUGCUCGUCCAUCUUCGGCGAAUGCAAGAUCAAGAACCAUACCGAGACCUGUUCAUGUGCUCCACCCCUUCUUUGGAAUGAUGUCAAAAAGAAGUGCUUUUUAGAGAAAGUGCACAAGUACGUUGCCAGUUUUCGAGUGAACGAGACAAUGGCGCGGAGUGCACAGUACGCUGUUGAGGAAUGCGCCGACAAGCCCGACAUGGUGGAGCAAGCGCUUCAAGCAGCCUAUGGACCUUUGCUGAACGCCACACGAAUUCUUCAGUGUUCCGACGAAUACAAGGUGGAGCUGAACUUCGCAAGCAAACCACCCAGUGUGCUGCUUGACAAGAUCCGCGUCUGUGAGCAUCCCGAAGGAGACCAUGGCUGCUUCUUCCCGCCAGCUUUGCACAUCGUCAAGGAUAGUGUCUCCGAGGUUAAAGAGGAAGACAUUUGCCAAGCUUACUUUUCCGAGAACGUAAAGUCUCUAGGAGGACUCUACGUAUGUGUGAAAGAGGACGAUGGACGCUAUGGCCUGCGAUGCUCGGAUAAAUACAGAGCCGUGGCGUCUUUCACCAGGGGUAUGUUGGAUGUCGACGUAUGCACAGAGAAACAAUGCGAGCUUUACUGCACGGGUCCAGAACGUCAGUGCGUGGAGGGGAAGUGCGUAUGCCACGCAAACUAUUUCGAGAACGCCGAGGGAAUUUGUGUCCCACAAUGCUCUCGGAAGCCGUGCAAGAAUGGCGGCACUUGCGAAACCGGGGUGAAAACAUCUUUCUACUGCAGCUGCCCGCCUUACUUCACUGGACCUACCUGUGAAAUUCCAUUCCAAGUCUACGCCAACACACAAAAAAAGCUGACCGCAGUGGGAGUUGUUCUGGGCGUGCUCAUCAUGAUUUGCGUUGGCGCAGCAGCCGUUGUUAUACGGAGAAUCAAAAACAGGAACUCACCGAACGAAGACAUGUAGGUGUAUAUACUUCAUAAAAGCUCUCUUUCGGGGAGACAAGGCAUGAAAGUGAAGCAUCAAUGCGUUUGUUGAUUUGGCUCGCUCCCAACCACAGUAUUAUGAGUACAAAAAUAAAAGCACUUUUACUGAACUGAA